AUGAUGGAGCAUUCCAACGAAACGAAGAUAACAAAACAGAUCGAAUCCUCUACUGCUCUGCAGCUUGAUAGCCCUUCACCUCCCGCCGUCCACUCUCUUCCGAGCGAGCUCUUGCUUGAGAUCUUCGUUGCAGGAAGUUCUCAGCCACCUUCAGAAGUUGGCAUUAAUGCGGUGCCCUUUCCCAUCCUCGUUUCAAUGGUUUGCAAAUUUUGGAGAAAUGUCGCCAUCAAUUCACCUUGUCUUUGGAGUACUAUUUUCCUUCCUAGCACCACAAAAUUCGACGUCCUGACAUUCUUCGAGAGGUCCAAGCCAGCCCCCUUCGAUGUCACACUGGAUACCAUGGUUGCUAGUAGUUUCGGGGACGGAAGCUCUUUUGACUGUAUAUCUCGAACCAUUUUGGAUAACAUUUGCCGUUUACGCUCAUUGAAGAUUAAUGUAUGGAGCGCUGAAGAUCUUCGUUCCUUGGUUGCGUCUUUCCGUGAUGCUGAAGCUCCAAUGCUGAACAACCUCGAGGUUUUUGUGUAUACACAAGAGGAGUCCCAUGAUUCCCGCAAUGGUCUGCCCAUCAUGACACAUACAGUCGCAUUGAAGUCGUUGAAGGUCAAAGGAGUUUGCGGCUACUGUUCACCCCCAUUGAUCAAUCUAACCUUUCUUGAUAUUGACCGAUUUAAACCGAGCGAAUCGCAGUUUCGCGAUCUCUUCGACGCGUGCCCUUCAUUGUCGUCUCUCAUUCUCCGCCGUUUCGCCGCGCGAGAGGAUGCCGUUUUUGAUCAGGCCUCCCUUCCAAUCCACGCCUCAAGCCUGCGUUCAUUCGCAGUGAGUUUCACCUCUGGACACAGCAGUCCAUGCGCUUGCCCUUUGCACCUGCUUGUUUUGGAGAACGUUGAAUGUAUCGAAAUUUUUCUCCUUUCACUCGAUUUAUCUGGCCACUUCUCCUCCAGCCUGCGUAGCUGGAGGCAAAAUUCUCGCGUUCGAAAGCUCCGAAUGUCGGGCAUCUCUAUUGAAGCAGAAGAACUUCUUUUCAUUCAAUCCCUUCCCAACACCAUAGAUCUGGAGUUGAUCAAUAUUUAUACCAACUCAGAUUUCUAUCUACCAUCCGUCAUCUCUUUGCCCAAUUUGCACUCAAUCACGCUAGAAGUAAUGAACAAGGAAGCAGGGGUAACAGGCGUAGCCGACUUAUCUUGGUUUUCUCGAGUUGUCGGCCAACGUUUGGUCAAGCCCACAUCGCCCUUGACUGCGUGUUUUUCCAAACUGGACGAAGGUGAUGACCAGAUCCAAAAGAUAGCUGAGAUUCUUGGAGGCCAUCUGACAGUCCAAUACUCGGCCCGCAAGAAUGCGCUCAUUGAGUCCAACGCCUUUGAAUUUUUGGAGGAGGGUGAAGAAGAUGACUGGGACUAUUACGACGACGAAUCGGACUUUGACGCGUCUUACGAACUUGAUGUUGAGAAUGAAUAUGGGUACGAUGACGAAGAUGAAGACUUUUGGUAA